UUCUCAUUCGCCUGUGUGUGAGUCUCCACCCCUGAUGGAGCGGGCAAAUCUCGCGAGAGCGCCUCCUCUCGCGAUGCCGCCCAGCAUCGCCGCUACUGCAGUGCCUAUAAAGCGGCGAGACACGGAGUUGCGGCAAGGUCGCGCAGCAUCACGGCGAACGCUAGCCACGGAACGCUCGGUUCACGGAGAUCGUUAGCGUCCUCUGGAGCGCGUCGGAUAUUUCCUCACACGCGUUCAGGCUGGACGCACGCGCCGCUGUUCUCCGUUUGCAUCCGCAUGUGCGGCGUUGUUUUAGUCUUCCUGCAGCAUCAGUGUCACCUCCACCGGCUCCGCUGCACUUCACCGGACACUAUCGGCUCUGAGGAGGCUUUUCUGUCAUGUCGGCGUCACCUCCGCCCCCCGCCGCCGCGAGCGACCAUCUCUCCGCGCCCGAACCCGACGCGCUCAAGCCCGCCGGUCCCACGCCGAGCCAGAGCCGCUUCCAGGUGGACCUGGUGUCGGAGUGCGCCGCGGAAACGGCGCUGGCCUCGGACUCCUCCCCACCCGAAUACUCCGCCGAGCCGCUCCGGUACCCCGUGUCCGGCGGCGAGGAAGCCAAAGGCCGGUUUCGCGUCGUGAACUUCGCGGCCUCGAGUCCGGACUCGGCGCCGGCGGACUGCGCGCAGAACGGGGACACGGUGAUGAGCGAGGGCAGCCUGCACUCGUCCAGCGGCGGCCAGCAGCACCAUCACUACGACACCCACACCAACACCUACUACCUCCGCACCUUCGGACACAACACCAUCGACGCCGUGCCCAACAUCGACUUCUACCGGCAGACCGCCGCGCCGCUGGGCGAGAAGCUCAUCAGACCCACCCUCUCGGAGCUGCACGACGAGCUGGACAAGGAGCCGUUCGAGGAUGGCUUUGCUAACGGCGAGGAGCUGACUCCUGCAGAGGAGGCCGCGGCUAAAGAAGCCUCCGAGUCUAAAGGAGUGGUGAAGUUCGGCUGGAUCAAAGGAGUGCUGGUGCGCUGCAUGUUAAACAUAUGGGGCGUGAUGCUCUUCAUUCGAAUGACAUGGAUCGUGGGCCAGGCUGGAAUUGCGUAUUCCUGCAUCAUUGUUGUUAUGGCCACUGUUGUGACUACCAUCACGGGCUGCUCGACCUCUGCGAUCGCCACCAAUGGCUUUGUACGAGGAGGUGGGGCGUAUUACUUAAUAUCUCGAAGUUUAGGCCCAGAGUUUGGCGGCUCCAUUGGUCUGAUUUUUGCCUUUGCCAACGCUGUGGCCGUGGCCAUGUACGUCGUGGGCUUUGCAGAAACUGUAGUUGAGCUGCUCAUUAAUUCCGGUGCGCUCAUGCUCGAUGAGAUUAAUGACGUCAGGAUCAUUGGAACCAUUACGGUCAUCCUGCUGCUUGGCGUCUCAGUGGCUGGAAUGGAGUGGGAGGCCAAGGCUCAAAUAUUCCUCUUGUUCAUUUUGGUCACUGCUAUCUUUAACUACUUCAUUGGGACCUUCAUCCCUGUCGAGUCCAAGGAGAAAUUUGGCUUCUUCAGCUAUGACGCGGGCAUCUUGGCAGAUAACUUUGGCCCAGACUUUCGAGGGGAGACAUUUUUCUCCGUUUUUUCCAUCUUCUUCCCAGCCGCCACAGGCAUUUUGGCUGGAGCCAACAUCUCAGGAGAUCUAGCAGAUCCUCAAAUGGCCAUCCCUAAAGGAACGCUGUUGGCUAUCCUCAUAACGGGCCUCGUGUACGUGGGUGUGGCCAUUUCUGCAGGUGCUUGCAUCGUGCGGGAUGCUACAGGAAUGGAGAGUAACGUAACCCUCAGUGGCUUAAACUGCACUGACGCGGCCUGUAAGUUCGGCUAUGACUUCACUUCCUGCAGACCUGUUGAAGGAGGGAAGUCUGCCUGCAAGUUCGGCCUUUACAAUGAUUUCCAGGUCAUGAGUGUGGUGUCAGGCUUCGGGCCCCUCAUCACAGCCGGCAUCUUCUCCGCGACCCUCUCCUCGGCCCUGGCCUCUCUCGUCAGCGCCCCCAAAGUCUUCCAGGCCUUAUGCAAAGACAAUAUCUACCCUGGAAUUGCAGUUUUCGGGAAGGGCUACGGCAAGAACAACGAGCCUCUGCGAGGAUAUUUCCUCACCUUUGGCAUUGCCUUGGCCUUCAUUCUCAUUGCGGAGUUGAACAUCAUCGCCCCGAUCAUUUCCAAUUUCUUCCUGGCAUCGUACGCUCUCAUCAACUUCUCGGUGUUUCACGCGUCGCUGGCCAAUUCCCCCGGAUGGAGGCCGAGCUUCAAGUACUACAACAUGUGGGUGUCUCUGGCCGGGGCCAUCCUGUGUUGUGUGGUCAUGUUCAUCAUCAACUGGUGGGCGGCCCUCCUGACCAACGUCAUCGUCCUGUCCCUUUACAUCUACGUCAGCUACAAGAAACCAGAUGUGAACUGGGGCUCGUCCACUCAAGCUCUGACGUAUCAUCAGGCCCUGACACACAGUCUGCAGCUGUGCGGAGUAGCUGACCACAUCAAAACCUACAGGCCACAGUGUCUGGUGAUGACCGGAGCUCCAAACUCUCGUCCAGCUCUUCUUCAUCUGGUGCACGCCUUCACCAAGAAUGUGGGUCUGAUGCUGUGUGGCCACGUGCGCGCCAGUUCCCGGCGGCCCAACUUUAAAGAGCUGAACAGUGAUAUGCUGCGCUACCAAAGGUGGCUCCUCAACAACAGCUCCAAGGCGUUUUACACUCCUGUGGUGGCUGAAGACCUUCGCCAAGGAACCCAGUACCUGCUGCAGGCUGCUGGUUUGGGCAGAUUGAGGCCCAACACACUGGUGCUCGGCUUCAAGAACGACUGGCGCAUUGGAGAUAUAAAGGACGUUGAGACCUACAUAAACCUGAUGCACGACGCGUUUGAUUUUCAGUACGGUGUGGUCAUUCUCAGACUGCGAGAGGGACUCGAUAUCUCUCACAUUCAAGGCCAAGAUGAUUCUUCAGCGAUGAGGGAUGUGGUGGUCUCAGUGGACAUGAGCAAGGACUCGGAUGGAGACUCGUCCAAACCCUCCUCCAAGGCCACCAGUGUCCAGAACAGCCCCGCCGUCCAGAAAGAUGAGGAUGAGGAUGGCAAAGCCCACACUCGGCCGCUGUUGAAGAAAGAGAAGAGGAGCCCGACGCUUCCUCUGAAUGUGGCGGAUCAGCGGCUGUUGGACGCCAGUCAGCAGUUCCAGCAGAAGCAGGGGAAGGGCACCAUCGACGUCUGGUGGCUCUUUGAUGACGGAGGUCUGACUCUACUGAUCCCCUAUCUGAUCGCCAACAAGAAGAAAUGGAAGGACUGUAAGAUCCGCGUCUUCAUCGGGGGCAAGAUCAACCGGAUCGACCAUGACCGCAGAGCCAUGGCCACGUUGCUCAGCAAGUUCAGGAUCGAUUUCUCUGACAUCACGGUCCUGGGCGACAUCAACACAAAGCCCAAGUCAGAGGGUUUGACCGAGUUUGCUCAGAUGAUCGAGCCAUAUAAGCUGAGAGAAGAUGACAUGGAGCAGGAAGCUGCUGAGAAGCUGAAGAGCGAAGAACCCUGGAGAAUCACAGACAAUGAGCUGGAGCUCUACAGAGCCAAGAGUAACCGUCAGAUCCGACUGAACGAGCUGUUGAAGGAGCACUCGAGCACAGCCAACCUCAUCGUCAUGAGCAUGCCGCUGGCCAGGAAAGGAGCCGUCUCCAGCGUUCUUUACAUGGCCUGGCUGGACACAAUAUCCAAAGACCUGCCACCCAUCCUCUUAGUGCGCGGGAACCAUCAGAGCGUCCUCACCUUCUACUCGUAGAGUGCUCUCAGACGAGCACAGCACCUCAGACUGAUGAUGCUGAUAGACGUUUCUCGACAGAGCUGAAACAAACGGACUCCUUCCACGCCACAGCACUCAACAGGAAAGAUCAGCGUUUGACGAUUUAUAUUGUCCUCAGCUCACAGGUUUCCGAGCACACCUUGUUACACUGAUUGUUGUUAUCAUUGUUAUCAUUACUAUGACUGUCGCAACUUUGAGUUGUGGAUUUUUUCCCCCUCUCUUUUUAAUUUGCUCUUGAUGAAGCAAUAAUCACCUCAUUUCUUAUUUUCUCACUUUGAAGAAAAACACGAUUCUUUGCAACACUUUUUAUAGCCUCGUGGAUGUGCCUUCCUGUGCAAUCAGAUUCAAUUAAACUUUUCCCCGACUGGUGAUUUAUAAAGGAAUAGAUGUAGGCUGCUUGUUUUUAUUGGGUUUUAAAUGUAAAUCUUCCUUGAUUUUAUCACGUUUUAGCACGAGUGGACUGAGGUUUCCACCGUGCCGCAUUUGAAAACACUUUUUCGCUUUUUUGUAGCCAGAAUUUUUUGUUUUUCUUUUUUCUUCUUCAGAGUUUUACGUCUUCCUUUAAGCAUUGAAAGAGUUGUGGAGUUUUAGCACAGCGCCCCUCCAUGUUCUCGUUACAAUGAUCGACCUGAACUACAGGGUGAUUACAAUCAUCUUCAGUAGUCUGAUGUAAAGAACUUUAACAGAACUAUAUUAGUUUUCCCUAGCGUGCAGUUGAAUGGUUUUUGGUGUGAUGGAGAUGCACUGAUGAGUGCCGUCUGUCUGAAGGAGAAAGAGCCGUCAGAUCCUUUCAAACUAACAAUCAACCAAAUAAGAGCGAAGCCCUUAAAUCACAGAUCCUGCUACAGACCAGACCUUUGCCUUAACAGAUGAGGGGAUGAUUGUGUUUACUGUCCUCAGGCCAUACUGGCUAGUUGAUCGACUGAAGCAGAAUGUUCUCCAGACCAGAAAGCCUCUGUCUGUUUUAUAAAGCAGUCUGGAAUCGUACAUCGAGGUGUUUCUGUGGCUCGAGGCCUUCACCGGAGGUCCCGAGAUGUGUUCAUGUGUGGUUUGAAGCUGUAAGAAUGUAUUCGGCGCUGAAUGGAUUUGUUCCUCUAUGCAGAUGGACUGCGUGCGACUCGUUGAAAUCGUGCAUCUAAACUCAGGAUCGAGUGCCGGGUUCAUCGUUAGCGUUGGUUUUUCUUCAGAACCGUCGAGAAAACCGAUGCGGAUUCGCUCUGUUCUGUUCCUGAAUAUUUGUCCGGUUGUCUCUUGUGAUUGAAUGCUGGGAUGUUUGGCCCAUCAUGCUUUAGUUUGAAUCUAUAGCUAUAAAGCGGAGUGUUGGUCAGUUAGCCUCAUGGGUCAGCGUUUGCGAGUCCAUCGCAGUCCGGCUGAAUACGACGGCUUUCGUCACGCUUUGACUCUGGUUUCCAACACUAGUUUUGCUCACAGGCUCAGUGUGUUGUGCUGUCGCAGGUUCUGUGUGCGUUCCAUUCACAGCCUGAGAAAUACUCCAUGUGACAGAGUUAGAGUGAAUAUAUUAUUCAUAUGUAUAGUUCUCAAUAUAAACUAGUAUUUAAAGUGCGUAACUGUGUGCGCCGCAUGUGGGUGAGGUUAGUGACGCUGACGGUACAAUCUUCCCUGUUCUGUAUUUGUAUGGCUACAGCACUCCUUCACCCGACCACGACUCCAUCACCAAUUCACUUGUAUAUUAUAUUUAGAUAUAGAAAAGGGAGAGUGUGUCACAAGCAUAUAACGUGUGUGUGUUUCUCACUGAUCUAGCUGCAGCUGUAAAGCGCCUCUCAGAGGUUCCUCUGGUGUUUCUGUUUUUUGCUCUGGGCAUCUCCUGCAGAUUGUGUUGCCUAAGUCUGUUUCAUGUUCUCUGGUUCGCUUAUUGCUGCGUGUCCAAACGAGUUCACACAGCGAGUUCCAGCUCUAGUUCACACUACUUCCUCACUAACUUGUAGAUAUCUUUAACCUAACCAAAUUAAUCAAAGGAGUGGAAUAAUAACGGCAAAUUAAUAUGAUGAGAUAUAUUUAUUUCAGGGUUUUCUUUCUUCGGUUACAGUAGUUUUAUGUGAAUUAUUUUUCUUUUUUUAGUUGUUUGGGUUUAGUCUGCAGAUUCUCAUCUUUCAGCGUUUGGUCACAUUUCUAUCUCUUAUAAGCCUUUUAAAGAUGGCUCUGUUGACCAGUGAGGGUGGAUCUGAUCGACUGGCUGUGCUGGAACAGUAAUGUUUUGAUAUACUCUGCUGUUAUUUGUCACAUGUAUGUUUUUUUCUAACAUUUUAACGGUUAAGGGUAUCAAUGCUUUGUACAUCUUUAUUGCAAUAUAUAUAUA